GGCUCUGUAGCUUUCCCUUCAUUGCCACAGAAAGUUGUCCCCGAGUGUAGUAACGUUGGCCACAGCGUACUAACGGUACUAACUCUAUGCCACAGCUGGUGUGACGUCAUGCAGUCAUAGGUUUUACGUUAGCACUGUCGCUUGGCAACCGCGUAUGAGCUCCUUUAAGCGUAGUCGCGCUCGGCCGUGUUUAGGCAGUCUGUAGUCAUGGCUCGGCCGAAAAAGGUGCGCACGGCCGAGGAAGAAGCCGCAUACCUUGAGGCUCGGCGUGCCGCGAAUCGAGAGCGAGAUCGAAUUCGACGGUUAGAUCCAGCUUAUCUUGCCAUGAAAGCUGCUGCUUCAAAACGACGGCGACGCGAGGAUCCGGUGUAUGCCCAGCGAGAACGGGUGAGGGCCGCGGCAAGACAACGAGCCAAGCGUAGUCUACCCGGCGUGGCGAGAGCCGAGAACGAACGACGGAAGAAGGCCCGCGCUUCUACCAGGGGUGCCACAGCCAGGUUUGCACGACGGAGUGUCCAAAAGAGUACAUGGCAGCAGCGCACAGAAAAACUGGAUGAUGAUGAGGAAGAAAGCAGUGCAGCAGCCUUGGGAACUCAAGACAGUGCCCGAAAGAGUACACGGCAGCAGCAUAAAGAAAAACUGCAAGAUUGUGAGGAGGAUAACAACACUGCAUCCAUGGGAACUCAAGACAGUGCCCGAAAGAGUACUCAGCAGCAGUGUAAAGAAAAACUGCGAGAUCAUGAGGAGGAAAAUGCCACAGCAGCCAUGGAAACUCAAGACAGUGCCCAAAAGAGUACUCGGCAGCAGCUUAAAGAAAAACUGCAAGAGUGUGCAGAGGAAAACACCACAGCAGCCAUAGGAACUCAAGACAGUGUCCCAAAUGAACAGCAGCACAAUGUCACUGCCAAAUCUCGAACGUGUAGGAGACUAGUUAUUUCCUUCUGCAGCAAGCAUCGUCCAAAAGUGCACAUUGGUGUUGGAACAACACCUUACUGUCUGGUCAACAGUAGCACACAAGCCACAUGGAUACGGAAAGAUCAACACACCAACUGCUUUUUUAUAAAGCGUUCCAUUGGCACACAGGCGGCGCCUGGAUAUUGCAAUUUGGCGACAAAUGGGGGUCUUCCUUUCAUUGAGGAGAAUGUGACUGUUACACCAAAGAGCUGUUUGUCCUCAAAUUGGAGCUCUUCACCAGUUAACACCCUCGUCAUGCCUGGCAUUAGCCCACAAAUGAUGUUGACAGAAGUGGUGCCUAAAGGGGUUCUUGCCAUCACUGAGAAAAAUAUUGCCGCUAGAGCAAGUGGACCUUCAUCCUUCAUUACCAGGACUUCACCAGCAAGCAUUUGCACCAUGCCUGGCAUUAGGCCACAAAUGAUGGUGACAGAAGUGCUGCCAAAAGAGGGUCCUGCCAUCACUGAGAACAAUAUUGCUGCUAGAGCAAGUGGACCUUCAUCCUUCAUUACCAGGACUUCACCAGCAAGCAUUUGCACCAUGCCUGGCAUUAGGCCACAAAUGAUGGUUACAGAAGUGCUGCCAAAAGAGGGUCCUACCAUCACUGAGAACAAUAAUGCUGCUAGAGCAAGUGGAGCUUCAUCGUUCAGUACCAAAACUUCACCAGCAAGCGUUUGCAUCAUGCAAGGCAUCCGCACUCAAACAAAAGUGCAAGAACGCAAAUUGCUGCCAAAAGGAGGUCUUUCCAUUUCCAAGAAAAAUAUUGCUGCUGUACCAAGCAGGUCUUCAUGCCUUAAUACCAGCAGUUCACCAGCAAGCAUUCGUAUUAUGCCUGGCAUAAGCACUCAAACAAAGGUGACAGAACGCAAAUUGCUGCCAAAAGGGGGUUCCUUCGUCACCCAGCAAAAUAUUGCUGCUGCACCUAGUACAUCUCCAUCUUUGAAUGCCAGUACUUCAGCAUCAAGCAUCUACAUUGUGCCUGGCAUUGGCGCUCAAGCAAAGGUGCCAGAAUACAUACUGGUGCCUGUCAUGGAUCCUUCUCCGACAGUGAAAAAUGUUGCAAUGCCAGGGAGCCAUCUUCCCUUUGGUACAAGCAUUUCACCAGCAAACAUUUGCUUCAUUCCUAGUACAGGCAAUCAAGCAGAGGUGACAGAGCAUGAACAAACGCCAACCAAAGGCCCUUUUAUCACUAACAUGUAUUUCACUGGUAGACCGGGUAGCUGUGUGUCCUUCAAUACCAGCACUGCAGCAGAAAACAUUUGCUCCAUGCCCAGCAUUGGCACGCAAGUGGAGGUGGCAGAAUGCAAACAGGUGCCAAUAAUGUGUCCUUCCACCAUCACGAGGCAUGCCACAGCUCUGGCACACCACGCCUGCAUUUCAACAGGUCAUGGCAGUGGCACGCACAGAGAUGAUGAAACACCAGAGUGCCCAGGCAGUGGCAUUUCUAGCGCAAAAGGCAACUGAAAUAGUAUGAGCCCAUGCAUUCACAUCCUCUGCGACAUUACAUUUGAACUUCAAGUUUAUCAAGGCCCUACAAUCUUGCGUGACAUCAGGGCCAGCAGCGACACCAGAGGGACCAAGGAAACCAGGAGGCGUGUCUGGUCAUUUUGGCAGUGGCGGCAGCGACAGACGGACGGCAAAUUUAAAGCUCUGCUUCUGUGUUUUACAGGUGUCUUGAUCAGCUAGCAGAGCAGUGCUUGCAGCACACACUAGGAUGAUAGCCCACCUGCCCCGCAGACACAGCGAAAUGCCAGGCUAGUUCGUGCAAAAGCCAGGCAGCCUUCCUCAGUGGCACCGAGGGACAGUCCAGCACGUCUUCCUUGUGGAAUGACUUGUGACUGAACAGUGAUGAAAGCCCACCUGCCUUGAAGACACUGUGAAAUGCCAGGCUAGUGCACACAAAGGCCAGGCAGCCUUCCUCAGUGGCACCGAGGGACAGUCCAGCACAUGUAACUUCUCGUGGCAUGAGUUGUGACUUAACAGUGUUUGCAGCACAUACAGUGAUGACUGUCCACCUGCCCUGAAGGUGCGGUGAAAUGCUGGGCGAUGACUGUCCACCUGCCCUGAAGAUGCGGUGAAAUGCUGGGCUAUUGCAUACAAAGUCCAGGCAGCCUUCCUCAGUGGCAUCAGGGGACAGGCCAGCACAUCUGACUUCUUGUGGCAAGAAUUGUUGUCACUUAAUGCAUAGUUUGUCAGUACAUCAGUACUGGAAAAAGGUUUCUGUUCUUCCCCUCUCCUCCAGAACUGAUACUGUAUUCUUUCUGCACUUUCUUUUUAUGAUCCUGCAAGUGUCACUCUGUUGUCUUCAGUAUCAUGCUAUCCUUAGAGGGAACUGCUCUGCAGUGCCCUGAUGGUAAAAUUUCCCAGUAGAAUUCAACAUGUCCUUCUCAGAGAAGUUGCAGCCCCUGCAUAACUCGCACUGUUUGCGACGUCAGCGACCAGAAACUCAAUUUAAUUUCUGUCAGGAAGAGGUCCUGAUCAUGACCGGCUGUUGCCUAAAAUAUCUGAACACUGAGCUGCUUCUGCUGACUGACUCGCCAAAAAUGCCAAUCUGCUACAUAUAAGGGCAUAUGGACUAUCUUAUUUAAUAACUUCUCACCAUUGCUUACAGUGAAAACUGCUAGUGGAACAACUUACCAGAAGUGCCCCUCUCUAGUCAUGUGCUAGUUUUUCAAAGAGAUUGUAUUAUACCAGCAUUUUCAUCACAUAGAACUAAACCAUAAAACAAAGCACAUAUUCAUUGCAACUGACAAGAUCAGUUCUGUCCACUAAUGUAUAUAAAUGUGCUGUAUAUAUUGCAGGCAGAUAUAUUACAAAUAUAAAUCUGCUUCUGCUGAUUCACUCACUAAAAUUCCAAACCAAAACAGCCAGGAGCAUGUGGACUGUCUUCUUUAAUAACUUAAUAAUCAUAUUACCAUAAUUUUCAUCGCAUAGAGAUUAAAGGAACAAAACAAAGUAUAUUCACUGCACAUGACAAGAUCAGUCCUGUCCAAUACGUGUGUGUGCUAUACAUAUUGCAGGUUGACAUAUCGCAACACAAAGCUUCUUUCUCUGACUCGCUAAAUUUUCAAUCCAAAACAGCCAAGGGCAUGUCGACUGCCUCUUUCAGUAACUUUGUAACACCGCCUAUACUGAAAAACCUGCUUGUUGAACAACCUAGUACAACUAAAGUGAAGCAAGACGGAAAGACAGGUUACUAGUUGGUACAUAUGCAUAAUUGUUUUUCAAGCGUGAACUUGGACAAGGACAAGUGAGGAUAUGACAACAGCGCUUACUAUCAACUGAAAGCUUUAUUGAGCGAGAAUCAAGAUAUACAGGGUGUUUCUUAGACAGCACAGAUUGUAAUCAAAAUUUUGUGACAGUCAGACUGCUUUUGUUUUCACACAUGAACUCUUUGUCGAGGCGGAAAUACCUUUCCGCAGCAUUGACACAACUAAUUAACAAAAACUCGUUAACUUUUUAAUUGUUGACUUGAGGGCGGUUGUUUAUAUUAGAAAGUUGCAGUGCGGUCCAAUUUAUAGCAUACCCAAUUUUUGAA